GAUCGAGUAUUUAGCCGAUAGCGUUUGUGCAUUGAUUAGCGGAAAUCUAACUUUAGAUGCUGUUUGUAUUAAGAAUUAGCUUUUGACUGCUGAUAUCGACUUAGCUGAUUAAUGCAACUUUUUUUCUAAUGAUUAAUAUUAAUCUGUCCGAGAAUAUUUAAUGGAAGGAGGACGGAUUCCAAUCAAGAUUUCUUGGUUUUGAAACAUGGCUCUUGAUGAAAUAAAAGCUCAACUUUGUGGUAAAUGGAAAUUAGAUCGCAGUGAAAACUUUGAUGACUUUUUAAAGGAAUUAGGUCUGAAUGUUGUGUUUAGAAAAAUGGCAGAAUCAGCUAAGCCUGUAGUAGAGUUUACAAUAGAAGAUGACACAAUUAAAAUGAUAUCCAAAGUUAGCUUCUUCAACCAAGUUAUAAAUAUAAAACUAGAUGGGGAAUACCAACAAUCAUUUGAGGGCACAGAAAUGAAUUGCAAUUCGAAAUGGGAAAAUAAUAAGUUAAUCACAGAAGCAAAUCCUCUUGACGGCAAAGGAAAAACACAGAAGUUCCAGAGAGAACGUGUCAACGAUGAAUUGGUUCAGACGAUGUGGGUAGGAGAUGUAGUGUGUGUCAGAACGUUUAAACCUACAGACUGAUAGUCAUGAAAUAUGAGAGGGACCAUUUUAUUUAUUGAAUUUCACACAAUGCCUUGCUUGUAUCUCUGUGCUUCUGUUAAAAGUACAACAUCGAUGAUUUAUGGUACUUUCAAGUUUUGUUUCAGUUGUAAUAUCAAAGAAGGCAAUGUCGAAAAUGGUAUAACCAAGAUAUUCUCUAUUUCCAAGUAAUAUUUCCACCUCAUGCAUUGCUUUAAGAACCUUGCUUUAUAUUUAUGUUAACUUUGAAGUUACAACAGUGUUUCGUUGAGGUUAAGUAAACAAUUAUAUAAGAUGUAGGUCGAUCGAGAAACAAUAUAACAUAAAUAACCGAAAGACUAUAUUUAAAAUGGGAAUCGGCGUUUCCGAUUAAGGCUGAUGUAUAUGUUUUUAUUUUUGCGAUCGUUGUGAUAUCGUGGCUUUCUGUUGUUAUCUUAUUAAAUAAAAAACAUGAACAAUUUCAAAAGCUGCAACAGUUGGUAGAACGUGCUUUGAAAUUCAGAUAAAAUAUUAUGUAAGUUAUGAAGCGCAAGUACUGAGUUUGAGGCUUUAAAUUUAUUACUUUCAAACUGUAUGA